UGCACACCUACCAUUCCUUGAUCCUGCCUCGAAUCCUUCUUCAUCUUCCCUCCGACGAUGACCUACCUCAUAAAGCUUCCUCAACACAUCCUUCUCCCUUUUGCUGGUGUUGAUCUCAUGGCUCGGAUGGGGAGCAACAACAUACAAGCCAAGCUGGUGCUUCUUGGAGAUAUGGGAACUGGAAAGACAAGCAUAGUGCUGAGGUUUGUCAAAGGCCAAUAUUUUGACUCUCAGGAAUCAACAAUAGGAGCUGCAUUCUUCUCUCAAGUUCUAUCACUUAAUGAGGGUAUUGUAAAAUUUGAUAUAUGGGACACUGCUGGGCAAGAACGAUAUCGUAGUUUGGUCCCCAUGUACUACCAUGGUGCAGCUGCAGCUAUCAUUGUCUAUGAUAUCUCAAACAUGGAUUCAUAUGUUAGAGCAAAAAAGUGGGUUCGAGAACUCCAAAGACAAGGAAACCCAUAUCUGAUAUUGGCAUUGGUCGGGAACAAGAUUGACUUGGAGGCAAAAAGGAAGGUGGAAUCUGAGGAAGGCUUGCAAUAUGCCCAAGAGAAUGGGUUGUUCUUCAUUGAAACUUCUGCAAAAACAGCAGAGAACAUCAACGAGCUCUUCUAUGAAAUAGGUAAACUUCUCUCUCACCAUCUCAAUGCAUUCCUAAUAACAUGCCAACUUUCAUCCCUCACAGCCAAGAGACUUGCUAAAGCCAGGCCACCGCAGUCAUCCGGGAUGAACUUGUCCAAUGAAACACAAGUCAGGGAGAGAAGGCUGUUCUGCUGCUCGGGAUGAUCACAUCCAUGACCAACUUGAUGCAUUGAUCUUGUCCAAUCAAACUUUGAUCUUGUUACUUGUAAAGGUUUAGAAAGCCAACGAGUCAAGAUGCCUAUCUGUUUUAAGUGUUGUCCUGCAUGAACUCAGUUGAUUGUGGCAUCAUAACAUCUACAUUGCAAAAUUAGCCAUAUUACACCUGCACAGGCAACUCUCAUGCUCUCAGAAACAGGACUUGGUUUGGUUGAAGUACAUGUAAGGCAAGUAUGCCAUUUACUUGAUGCAAAAAUCUAAAUAUCAAAAUCAGAUGAGUCUGCCACAUCAGGAUAGCAAGUCUGUGCUGAGUGGGUUUCAUCAUCAUGUUUCUAAAUAUCGAUUGGUAUGAUGUGUAUUUAGUAG